UCAGUCAAACAUAACAGCUGUCCAGUUGUUCUUUUUGUAAAUCGCGUGUAGUUUUCGUAUACAUUUUUUUAAAACCAAUUGAACAUUUUAUUUAAAUAUGCUAUGCACUCGCACUGUUAGGAGGCUGGCGAGCGGCAUAUAUAUACGGCCUGCACUGACACUACACAUAUAUAAACCAAGCGCGGUGACAGCGAUUGGCUUUACACCCCACUGCAGACUAUGCUCCUCAGGUCCUACCGCAACCGGCGUUGUGACCAGUUCGGACAAAACAAAACAAAGCGACGUUGGUGAUACCAAUAUAUUGAAGCGCGUUCUGACCAAAGUCGGUUUUACGCCCAACACAAAAGCGCGCCUAAAGAUUGCUAGCCAUUUGUUGUACGAAAGUGUGGCGGACAAGAUCAACUAUGUGGCUUUCUUUAACGAUUUCAACCUGCCAAACACGUUCAACUCGUGGUUUCUCGUAACUGAACUGCACGUUUGGCUUUUAUUAAUGCGGUCUAUGGCCGAAGGUUCGGAAACAGGCGAAGAUGGUCGCUUCCUACGAAAUUGUAUAGUUGAGGCAAUGUGGGGUGAUGUGAACACACGAGCCAAAAAAUUGGGUGCUAAUAACCCCUCACGUACGAGGCAACAGAUUCAGACACUCUCGGAACAGUUUCAAGCAGCGCUUAUUGCUUACGACGAGGGCAUCAUGUCCGACGAUAAGGUGCUGGCCUGUGCUCUUUGGCGACGUUUCUUUGAGCUGAAUUGCGACGAUUACACGCAUAUCGAACGCCUGGUCAAGUAUGUUCGUCAGCAAGCUGUCAUGCUGGACAGUUUAUCCCGCGAGCAGUUCAUAACAAAGCCCAAAAUACCCUGGCUGGAUCUGGACAAAUGCAGAGUGUAAGGUGUGUGCGAGGUUUUAAUUCUAGAGAAGAUGAAGUUUGUUAUGCCUAAUGCUAAUUAAAUAACUAAAUCGUCAAUGGGUUCGUUAAGUAA